UGGAAACGGGCUCAAACACGGAAGUGCUCCGUCGCGUCUGCUGCAGGUGAGCAGACAUGAUGCCCAGGUUUCAGGAGGUAGAGUCAGGCCAGGCCACGCCCCCUGGCAGUGCUGGUCUGGUUGCUAAGCGAUACAGCGUCCUGCGGAGUCUGGGCCGGGGGAGUUUUGGUUCAGUUUAUCUGGUUCAGGACACCAAAGCUACAGACGGAGAGGAGCUGAAGGUGUUGAAGCAGAUUCCUCUGGGUGACCUUCGACCUGACGAGACGGUCCGAGCAACGCAGGAAGCCCAGCUGCUGUCUCAGCUGCACCACCCGGCCAUCCUCACCUUCUACCACAGCUUCCUGGAGAGAGACGCUUUCUGCAUCGUCACUGAGUACUGCCAGGAUCGGGAUCUGGACUGUAAGCUGGAGGAGGUGAGAUGCGCCGGGCGGAGCCUCCCAGAAAUCCAGGUCGUCGAUUGGCUCGUCCAGCUGCUGCUCGGCCUUCACUACAUGCAUGACAGGCGAAUCCUCCACCGAGAUCUGAAGGCCAAGAACGUCUUCCUGAAGCGAAACCUCGUUAAAAUCGGUGAUUUUGGAGUUUCCUGCCUGCUGAUGGGAUCAUGUGACCUCGCCACCACCUUCACCGGUACUCCGUUCUACAUGAGCCCAGAGGUGCUGAACCACCAGGGCUACGACUCCAAGUCUGACAUCUGGGCUCUGGGCUGCCUCCUCUAUGAGAUGUGCUCCCUGACUCACGCCUUCCAGGGUCCAAACUUCCUGUCUGUGGUGAUGAAGAUCGUGGAGGGAGAAACCCCGACGCUGCCCAGUGGAUACUCGGAGGAUCUGAACUCUGUCAUGCAGAGGAUGCUGCAGAAACAACCAGCAUCCAGACCUUCUGCUGCAGAACUUCUCAAGACCAAGUUCAUGGAGGAGAACAUGAAGAAAAUGAAGGACCGGUUUGUGUUUGUGUCGUCGGGAGGAGAGGAAGAUGCUGAACUCAUCGCCAAGAACAUCAGGCAGACAAAGGUUCACCUACAGACGCUAAUGGAGAGGUCAGAGGUUGACAAGAUGACGCCGAGAGAGAGAAUGAGGCUGCGAAAACUGGAGGCUGCUGACGAGAAGGCAAAGCGACUCAGGAAACUGGCUGAGGAGAAAUACAAGGAGGUUCACACUCGCAGGAGAGAACUGAGGAGCCGCCAUUUUGAAAAAGUCAGCCUGGAUGUUCUGAACGAGAGCAGGGAGGAUGGAGCCUGUCACAGUCAGCCAAUCAGCAUCCAGGACCACCAGUCACCAGGAGGGUCGCAGCCAAUCAUGGAGCAGGAUGACAGCGAGACGUCAGAGUCAGAGCUGCACGACAUCCCGGAGGACCCUCAGGCUGCAGAAGUUUAUUACAACCAGGACGGAUUUGAUUCGUGUUCAGAGGACGAAGAGACAACAACACCUGCAGAGACUCUUUACCUGUCUGACCCUCAGGUCAGCGAGCUGGAGGCCAUGAUGAAGCACAUGCAGGAAGUUCUGGAGGAGGAACUGAGUGGAGACUCAGCAGAGCCUGAGGCCCCUCAGAGCCCUCAGGGGCCCCCAGUGAUCAACAGCAGCCAGCUGGAGACCAGGAUCAAACACCUGAGAGAGUCAAUCCACCGCCGUCUGGGUUCAGACGUCUUCCAGAAUCUGUACGAGAAGCUGAAGGAGGCCAGACAGCGUGACAGCAGCGUCCCCGAGGCUCUGAGUCACCUGGAGGACAAACCUGAUGAUGGUUUCCAGGUGGACCAGCUGCUCUUCUACGAGGAGGAGCUGCAGAGAGUGAGACAGCUGCAGGAGGACAGACCACCUGUCUGACUGUCUCUGAGAAACAACUGAACUGUAGAAAGAAACACCAGAGCAACAGGAAGCUGAGGAAGAACCAGGUGUGAUGUAUGACAGGUAAACUGUGAACUGUAACAUAAGAAACAUUAUACAUAGAAAUGAUUUGAGAUUUUACAUUAAUUCAUAAACUACCCGGCAGUCCACUUCUACAUUAAACUGAUGAACACAUUAAUGCAUCAAUAAUUAUUAUUCAAUAAUAUGAUAUAUCAGCAGUGCUUGGUGCUUUAAGAAUAUUUUGAUUAGGGCUGCUCCCAAACAGUCGGCCAAAUGUUAGUCGACCAGGAAGGUCAUUACUCAGCAAGACUUAAUUGGUUGCUUAGUCGCAGGAAAAAAAAAUGAAACUCUAUGAGGAGCUGCACCUUGUCAAAAUAAAUCCAAACCCAUAUGACUGGAGCAUGUGUGACUUUACUUUGAAAGGACAGACACAGGAAGUGUCCACGCUCAGCAGUCAGACAGGAGUCAGGUUAAUCUCCAGGGCUGGUACCUGCGGUUAUUCCACAGGCUAGUUAAUAACAUGUCGGGCAGGAAAUCCAAAGUGUGGGAUCAUUUUGAGAAGGUGAAGGACGAACCCAAGGUGAUAUGUAAACUCAUCUUCAUUGGUCGACUACAAACAUGACGUAUCAUGUGAAACAUGGAAGUAGCUACAUGCCCAUUAGCCCACAGCGUCAUUAACAGGCGGCUCGCUCAGUGUGUGACGUGCACUUGGAGAUAAAAUAUAGGCCUAUAUUAAUGAAGGUUCAUUAGUACGGUUUGUAUUUCUCUGUAAUGUAGCACAGUGUUAACAAUGUUACUGAUACUAUUCUUUCUCACACCUUCAACUCAAACCACCAAAAUAUAUCAUUUAAUCAUUACAGCAAUAUCAGAAACAUGCAGGAGACUAGUCCACUGAUGGACCCUGAUGAGGACUGUUGGUCCACUGGGAAGAUUUUGAAUCAGGGUCAGCCCCUCAUUUUGAUGCUAUUUUGUACUUUUACUUAAAGCCCCUACAAGGAACUUUAAUUUUGAGUUGAUUUUGGCGACCCUGUGGACAAAAGCGGUAGUGUUUUGCCGGAAUGAAGCCUACAUUUCCCAUGGGCUCUAGCGCGUAUUGUCGUAAAGACGCUUACCUGGCUCGCGCAUGUGUUUGUUUUGAGGAUGAAUGAAACAACAAGACGGGAAAAUUUUGCCCCUGCUCCUAUCGGGGAUCCCAGCUCACCUCUGCCGCGCCCCAGCUCCACCUCUCCGGCGUAAGCGCCACUGCCGCCGGGGUAAACGCAGUGGUCGGCUGGUAAGGCUGAAAGCCUGUUUGGCGAGCACUUCCACGGCUUCUUGGAUUGGAUUUUCUCUGUGUGACUGAGACGUGGCUGACUGUUGGUGAGUCCAGUGCUUUCACAGAACUUUUACCCGAUGAUUGCUGCUAUUUUAACUCCCCGCGGACGUCGGGUCGAGGAGGAGGAAUAGCGACUAUUUAUAAGAGUCACUAUAAAUGUAAGCAGCUAGGUAAGAUGACGUGUGCCGUCUGAGUGCCGUAAAUCAUUUCGUGCUGGAAGCGACCUGGGGCGGACCCGGAGACAGUUUCCUAAAGGUGUGGAUAUACACUAUAUAGAAAUAGCUUAUCUUCACACCGAUGGUCUCAUUUGCUGUUGUAGGUCACGCACAGACAUCAGCAGAAACCAGAGACUUUUGCAUAUCCAGUUAAAAGUUCCUUAUAGAGGCUUUAAGUAAAAAAUUGAACGCAGGCUUUUACUUGUAACAGAGUAUUUCUACACUGUGGUGCCACUAAUUUUACAAUACAUACACUCUCUGAUCUGCUGUUUGUGUUUGUUGACAUCAGUCUAAUUCCUGCAGACAGCUGGUGUUACAGUAGCUCCGCAGCUACAUGCCUGACUGAACUGAGAAGUACAUCUAGUGGUAGAAGUGGUAGAAAGUAGGUCAGCCAGCACACACAGAGAGUUCAGAUCACAGUCUGUUGGAGAGCUUUAGAUUCACUACGAGGGAGUGUGAGUCAGCUGGUCACCAGGAGUAGAAACACUGGAACAGAAAUUAUCUUAUUUAUUAUAACUUUGCUGAUGUUUGAUCAGUUUAGUGUCAUAAGUCACAAUGAUUCAUCUACUGUGUUGCCUUGUUCGCACCUAACAUGCUUUCAGAAACAUAUUUUAGUGCACUGUUUAGCUGUGAUAUGAGAGGAACAGGAAGUGGGUGUUGUACUGUUUCCUCCUUAAAAAUGGAGGCUGAAAUACUGAGAUCAAAAGUUUAAACAUUAA